AUGCAUAGCAAAACGCAUCGCUCGAUGUUGCUCGAUGUUGUUCAUUUUCUCACGCAUGGCUGUCACGAACUAGUUUCUGGCGCCCCCGAACUGGAUGGCCAAGGCCAUGUUCGGUGCGCGGACUGCUGGCGCAAUCGACCUCACACAUCAUGCUGCUUUGAGGGAAUGAGAGAAGAUGUGUCAUUUGGUGUUGUCCUGUGCUUUUGUUUUUCUGUGGUGCGGGACUUGGUUGUUAUCGCUUGCUUGUUAUCACCUCACACAUGUCGCAUCAGAAACACACUGUUUACGCCCAAGCAACCCGCCCAAGCAAGGGAGUGUUCGCAUACAUUUGGCCAUGAGAAGAUGCGCCCUUUUCUUCGAUGCUACAGCUGCUACUGCUGCGAAUACGCUCACUCGAUGGAUCAGGACCUUGAAUAA